UUGAGAAUUGACUUCUCUCAAUAUCUCAUAAACUUGCAACACUAUAACACCUACUUGGAAACCAAGGUCUCCGAGGCGACCACAAAUAUUUUUGCAAUGGAAGCGGACGACAAUAAGAAUCCUGAUGACAUGGCGAUGGAGGAAAUCUCCGAGGAGGCAGGGCGUCGUAUCGAUAAUGCGAUUGAUUCUGCGGACGAGGAGGCCCUCCCGCAUGCCGUCCUUCAAGCUGGAAACCUAGAAGAUGAUCUCACCAAUGCGAUCAUCAAAGAUCUGGAUAGCGAAGCUGGCUCCAGCUCUGACAAUAGUGAACCCGAGACGCUUGAAGACCCCUCGAGUGGCCCUGGCAACGCUGCCAUCGCCAUCGGUGUAGCUGGUGCCACCAUGCUAUUUGCCCCGGCUUUAAUUGCUCUUCCGGCCCUGAGCCUCAUCGGCUUUGGUGCAUCGGGACCUAUAGCAGGAAGUAUUGCAGCUGCUGUGCAGAGCGGAAUCGGCAGCGUCGUUGCUCCCUCGCUCUUCGCCACUCUCCAGAGCGCAGCUAUGGGAGGUUACGGAGUUGCGGCCGUCUUCGGGACGGUCCAGGCUGCUGGCGGAGUCAUUACUGCGGCAUCGGCAGCUCAGAUUGCGCGCGACAAUCAGAGACCCUAGAUUCAACGGGGAAUCCAUACAUUUGCCUUUUGUAGCAUGCUUCUUGAUCGAUACCACUUUGUUUUAAUUUCUUAUUUCGACGCUACUUCUUCUGAUCCCGGUCUACGGCAGAGCAAUCAUUCAUGACAGGCCAUGACAGGUAGUGAGAGCCAGGACAGCACUCGCUGAUCUGGCCAGCAUGUCAGUUCGCGGACAUGAUCAAGGCAUAAUAAAACGAAAACUUGUAUUCGUAUCUAUGCAGACAAGCUCGCUCUUGACUCAUCUAUAAUCCAAC